ACCAACUUGUCACCAAAGAUGGCGAUUUGCUGAGUGCUCAUGGAUACACACAUUUCUCGGCUAGUUGUUAUCUUACCCGAAACGCAAACUUUAAAAACAAAUUAACUGCUUAGCAAGCAACUAUUUUUCCCUCUGAAGCACACCCGAAACAGCCACCGCUACCAUGCAGAUCACGCUAAAAACACUGCAGCAGCAGACUAUUCAAGUCGAGAUAGACCCCGAACAAACGGUGAAGGCCUUGAAAGAGAAGAUAGAAGCAGAGAGAGGAAAAGACAACUUUCCAGUAUCUGGGCAGAAGCUGAUAUAUGCAGGAAAAAUCCUGCAAGAUGACACACCAAUUAAGGACUACAAAAUUGAUGAGAAGAAUUUUGUUGUAGUGAUGGUGUCCAAGGCUAAGCCCGCAGCGGCCGCCUCGCCUCCUGUCUCAGAAGCACCCAAGCCCCCUGUACAGGACUCUGGCUCCACGUCAACAGCUGUCCAGGCCACAACCCCAGCUUCAGUCCCAGCCCCAACCCCAGCAGCUGUCCCCAUUCCCCCCGAGGAGGCCAAAGAGGAGCCAAGUGCCGCAGCCACAGAACCACAACAACCAGCCAGCUCCAGUGGUGGGGGCCAGGGCCUGGAUGCCUCUUCAGCGCUGGUGACUGGAGCCGAGUACGAGGCGAUGCUGACAGAGAUCAUGUCUAUGGGCUAUGAAAGGGAGAGAGUGGUGGCGGCGCUACGGGCCAGUUUCAACAACCCCCACAGAGCUGUGGAGUACCUUCUCACUGGUAUCCCCAGCAGCCCGGUCCAGGAGACUAAUCCCCCGGUGCAGGCCCCUGCAUCUGGACCCACAGAAGCCCCAUCUCUAGCAGAAGGAGAGAACCCUCUUGCAUUCCUGCGGACUCAGCCCCAGUUUCUGCACAUGAGACAGGCCAUCCAGCAGAACCCUGCUCUGCUACCAGCUCUUCUCCAGCAACUAGGCAGGGAGAACCCUCAACUUUUACAGCAAAUCAGUCAGCAUCAAGAGCUGUUCAUCCAGAUGUUGAACGAGCCAGUGGGAGAGGGGGGAGAUGCGCCAGAGGUUGGAGAGAUGGGGGCAGCGGGGGAGGAGGGCGCACCUGUCAACUAUAUCCAGGUUACACCUCAGGAGAAGGAAGCCAUCGAAAGGUUAAAAGCGUUGGGUUUCCCUGAGGCCCUGGUGAUCCAGGCCUACUUUGCCUGCGAGAAGAACGAGAACCUGGCAGCCAACUUUCUCCUCAACCAGGGACUGGAAGAUGACUGAACAGCAGAGAUUACUGCCUUCCUGUUCCUCCCUCCUACCCCUCCCCUCUUCAAAGACUGCACCCCCAAUUUACUGUACAGCUACCAACCUCAGCUCAACCCAACAGGAGGGGAGGAGAGGGGAGAGCCAGCAGGAGGGAAGGGCGGGGA